AUGGCAGCUUUUCACCACCAUCAUCAUCACCACCAUCCGAGCGCGGACCUGCGGCGGCUCUUCCAUCGACUCACCAUCGCGUCCUCUCUGAGCAUCCUCUGCUUCUCCCUGGUAUAUCUCCUCACCGGAUGCUGCGAGUCGGAGCUUGCAGAAAACUCUGAGAUCAAGUCACCCACGCGCGAAUUCCUCGCGUCGGGGUCAGGAUGGUCGUACGAGAGAAACGGAACCAACGUGGCCAAGGAAAUUACUACCGCGGUUGGCGAAGGCGCGUUCAGCGGUCAUCCCGGGCUGGAGCCAAACAGCUCGGCCAAAGACUGGACAGCCACUCGGAGGUUACCCCAGGCUCUGAUCAUAGGGGUUAAAAAGGGAGGCACCAGGGCGCUGCUGGAGUUCCUCCGGCUCCACCCGGACAUCCGCGCCCUGGGGUCGGAGCCGCACUUCUUUGACCGGCAUUACGCACGGGGACUUGACUGGUACAGAAGUAUGAUGCCCAAAGCCCUGGAUGGCCAGAUUGUCAUGGAGAAGACACCUCGUUACUUUGUUGCUGCUGAAACGCCAGCUCGAAUCUACGCUAUGUCGCAGGAUGUGAAGCUGAUUGUUGUUGUCCGUGACCCCGUGACCAGAGCCAUAUCUGACUACACACAGAUCAUCUCCAAGACCCCCGACAUCCCUCCCUUUGAGAGUCUGGCCUUCAAGAACCGCACCACAGGUCAGAUCGACUCUCUGUGGAGCCCGCUGUGGAUCGGCCUCUAUGCCCAGCACCUGGAGCGCUGGCUGGCCUGGUUCCCCAGGACACAGAUCCAUCUGGUCAGCGGGGAGAGGCUCAUAUCCGACCCAGCCGGAGAACUGGGCAAAGUCCAGGACUUUCUGGGUCUCCAGAGGAUCGUCACGGACAAGCACUUCUACUUUAACAAAACGAAAGGCUUCCCCUGCCUGAAGAAGCCGGAGGGCAGCAGUAAACCUCACUGCCUGGGGAAGACAAAAGGGAGGACGCACGCUUCCAUCGACCCGGAGGUGAUGCAGAGACUGAGGGAUUUCUACAAGUCACAUAACCAGCGCUUCUAUCAGAUGGUGGGCCAGGACUUUGGAUGGCAGUGA